GCGCAUUUUGUGUUUACAGUGAGGGAGGAAGAGGCGUCGGAGCGAGACCUUGCCGAGAGAGAAUAUAGAGGAUUUAGACUAAAUAAUUGUAAAAAAAAAACUAUAAAAGAAGAAAGAAGAAGAAGAGGAAGGAAUAAAGGGGAGAUAUAGACUAGAUAAUAGUCUAAAACCCUAUAAAAGAAGAAACAAGAAGAAGAGAAAGGAGUAUUUUUUUCCGCAGCAUGGAAUCAGAGGAUGAAGGAGGAAGUCCAGCUGCUGCAAGGCCUGACUCGGACAAUGAGUCGGUUAAAUCCGCUGCAUCACGGACGUCUAGGGCAUCUCGGGCAUCUAGGGCCUCGAGGGCAUCACGGGCCUCGUCAAGAGCCUCGCGCAGAUCAAGUGGCAGUAGCCGUGGAAACAACACUGACGAUGAAGCCGACCAGAGAUCUGGUGGUGGAAGUGACAGUGAAGUAGAGGAGAGGCGCUCUGUUAUGGACAGCGAUGAUGAGGAAGCGAGUCCAAGCAAGAACGGCCCCAAGUCUCCUGCAGGAAGUGAUGAUCAGAAACAGCAAAUUACAAAUGAAGUUUUUGGAGGCUCAGACUCCGAAGGAGAGGGUGGAAACAAGGGGGGUAGUCGUUCACGCAGUAGGUCGCGGUCCCGCAGCAAGUCUGGAAGCAGAGCUGCCAGCGGCUCCCGCAGUCGAUCCCGAUCUGGUUCUCGGAGCAAGUCAGGAAGCCGCGCUAGUAGUAGAUCCCGUUCCCGUAGUAAGUCCGGAAGCCGAGCGGGCAGUGGCUCUAGAAGCAGAUCUCGGUCACGGAGUAAAUCGGGGAGUCGGGCGGGCAGUAGGUCCCGCAGUAGGUCUCGCAGUAAAUCCAGGAGUGGCUCAAGAAGUAGGUCACGAUCUGGAAGUAGAGCUGGUAGUGGGUCUAGGUCUCGUUCUCGGAGUAAAUCGGGCAGUAGGUCUCGCAGUGGCUCCCCCGCCAAAAGGAAGUCGAAGAGCAGAUCCCGAUCGGGAAGCAGGUCACGUUCCAGAAGCAAGUCAGGGAGCGCGUCGAGGUCUAGGAGCAGAAGCAGGUCGCGGUCGAGGUCCAGAAGCAAGUCCGGCAGCAGGUCUCGAUCGCGCUCCAGAGGCAAGUCUGGAAGCAGAUCCCGAUCCAGGAGCAAGUCUGGAAGCUCGCGCUCACGAUCAAGAGGGAAAUCCGGAAGCAGGUCGAGAUCAAGAAGCAAGUCUGGAAGUAGGUCCAGGUCCAGGUCCAGGUCAGGGUCAAGAGCCAAGUCAGGCAGCAGAUCAAGGUCAAGGUCAAGGUCAAGAAGUAAAUCAGGGAGCAGGUCACGAUCAAGGAGCAGGGCAAGAAGUGGCAGCAGCCGUUCAAGAUCGAGAUCAAGAAGUGGGUCAGAUUCAGGGUCCCCCAAAAAGCGCAGGAGGGUGCUGUCCGACUCCGAUUCUGACUCGGGGUCUGAGAAAGGAAGGCGGAAGAAAGUUAAGCGCAAGAGGAAGGCGAGCGGGAGCGGGGGGGGCAGCGGGCCGGGGAGCGACUCCGACGAUGACGUUCCGAAGUCGAGCAAGAAGCCGAAGGGGAAGAAGAAGAAUGUCCUCAGCGGCAGCGACAGCGACUCGGGCCCGGACGAUAAAAACGUUGCAAAGAAGGCUAAAGUGAAUGAGAAUGAUGAGGCCGGCAGUAGAGCAGGAAGCCCAGCACCCAACAGAGAGCCAGAAGGCGAACAAAAUGCCGAGGCAUUGCCCCAGCUGUCAGACAGUGAAGAUGAAGCCAUUCGGAAUCAGCUGAGAAACCAGGAGGAAGAGUUCGUCAAUGAUUUCGAAGCCAUGUUGGCCAAGAAGAAGGAAGAGGCAGGAAGGCACAGGAGAAGAAAAAAUAAUGUAGAUAUUAUUAAUGACAAUGAGGAACAUAUAGCCAUUAUUGUUAGGAAGAUGCGAGAAGCUGCUGAUGAGGACCGUCAGCUGAAUGCCAAGCGACUGCCUGCAACCAAAAAAUCUGCAAUGCUGGAACUUGCCAUGAGUCAGAUCAAUAAACAGAACCUGAUUGAGGGCUUCUUAGAUGCCAAUGUGCUCUCAGCCCUGACAGACUGGUUGGCUCCCAUGCCAGACCGGUCACUUCCUGCUGUUAAGAUCAGGGACGCUGUCACGAAGUGGUUGCUGUCGUUACCACCUCUAUCCCAAGAUAUGUUGAAGACCUCAGGCAUUGGGAAAGCUAUUAUGUAUCUCUAUAAACACCCCAAAGAGUUGAAGACAAUCAGGAGUCGGUGCGGGAGACUCAUUUCCAUGUGGUCGCGCCCAAUAUUUAACGUGUCCGAUGACUUCAAAUCUCUGUCAAGAGAAGAGCGUCUAGAGAGAGAUCUUGAACAGCAGCAGUCACAAGGCAGCAGUAGCAGAAAAGACCAACAGGAUAUUCAGACAGAUGAGUCAGGACGACCACUGCGACCAGGUGACCCCGGGUGGUGCUACAGAGCGCGUGUCCCUCGCCCCUCAGCCAAAGAUUACGUCAACCGUCCAAAGUGGCAGACAGAAGUUGAUCUCAACAGAACAAGUAAGAAAGAGAUUACCAGGCUAGACAAGCAGAUGCGAGCUUUCCAGGAGAGAAAAAGACUAUCGAAAGCUCGCCGAGCGGUUGCAAUCAGUAUUGAGGGGCGGAAUAUGGCUCUGUAAUCCUUACAAUAAUUUAGUGAAAUACGUGUAUGUAUGUGUAUAUACAAGAAGCCUUACUGUGCUGGAAUAAAGGAGUGUUAGUUUUAGGUUUUGGAAGUGUUAUAAACCGAAAAUGUGAAAAUCAGCAGGUUAUAAAAAAAAAGGAAAAGAAAAAAGAAAAUAUAAACAAUAUGAAUGCUUUUUUCUCAGCCUUAGUAUUUAUUAUUUUCUGUCAGUUUAUUUAGUUCUAAAUGAAGCUAUAUAGAAAGCUUCGUCAUUUAACUACCUAUAGGAAAAUAAGCUAAUCCUUAUAGUGUUCUGUGAAGGAUUGUUAUAGGCAAUUGAAGCAUACUCAUGCACAAACUUUAAAUUCCUUCAAAUAGAAAGACUUUGAAGAUAUACAAAGGAGCACUUUUUUUUCUUUUUCUUUCUUUCUUUCCUUACCAAAUCUUAAAGUUUUAUAUAUAAGUGUCUGCAUGUUCGUGAUAUGAAAGGUAAUACUUUAAUAGUCAUGUGUUUUUUGUUGACAUGCAUCUGUAUAUGCGCAUGUAAUGCAUGAGAGAGGGAGAGUAAGUGGGCGAGUCAGUGUGUGAGUGAGUGUAUACGUGCAGGGGUGACUGCAAGUUGAAUGUGUGUAUGUUUGAACAUGAACGAGUGAGUGAGCAAGCAAGCAAGAAGGCAGAAAUGUGUGAAUGUGUAUAUGAGUGUGUACAUUCGCGCAUAUGUGUUUUGAGUUUUGGCUUAUGAGUGUCUUUCUUGAUUAAAAUUGGUUUCUUAGAAAAGUGAAAUAUGAAAGAAAAAAAAGGUGUCUUGAUCAGUCAUUGAUUACAGCAGUUGUAUGUAUAUUUCCAUUCUAGUAAAAUAUUUACAUUGAAUUCUAGCUUAUCUGAUAUAUAUAGACACCCUUAGAUAAUAAUGGAAAGUUAGUAAGAGAAAAUGAAACUUGUAUUUGUAAUCCUUUGAGCAGUAAUAUUCAUAUCUGGAAAGUACGCUCCCCUAUACCGUCAACAUAACUUAUGUGCACAUAAUAUCUGUAUUGUCUUGUAAAUAUAGUAUUUAUGUAUUUUUCAUGUUCAUAUUUUCUCAUAUAUCAUCUGUUUUCUGAGAGCCAAAAGGGGUUACAUUAGCGUGAAAGGCCUCAAGUUGCUUUCGUAUCAGAAAAAAAAAUAUUUUCUUUCAUUUGCAUGGUCUCAGAUAUUUUUUUUCAAUUUUAUUUUUUUAUUGUUUAAAUUUCUUUUUUCUAUUUAUUUUUAUUUUAUGAUCAAAAUUUUAGAAUGUAGAGAAGGACUGGCAGAAACCAAGGACUCAUAAUGGUUGUACUUACCGUGAAAGAAUAUCAAGUGUGUGUAUAUAUAUAGACAUGAAGGGUGAAUGAACUCAGUACAGCCAAAAUAAAAGGAAUACACAGUACUGCAGCUGGUUGUAUCAAGGGAAUUAUGUGCUUUAUUUUUGUACAUGACUCAUUAGUGCUCACCUUUCAGUCUUUACAUUUAGGGAUGCAGGCAAAUGGCCUAUAUAUGAGAAUCACUCCUUGUCUUGUUCUGUAUUUUGAAAUAAAAAGUAUUUCUAUUGACUGUA